AUGCCUAACUGCCCACGUUGUCAGAAACCAGUUUACUUUGCUGAACGUGUUACCUCUAUCGGAUUCGACUGGCACCGUCCGUGCUUGCGUUGCGAGAACGAUGCUUGCAAGAAAACACUGGCGGCUGGAAGCCACUCCGAGCGUGAGGGAAAGCCAUACUGUAAUCGUUGCUACGGAGCUCUCUUCGGUCCACGCGGAUACGGACACGGUGGCGUCGAAUCGCACACUUUUCAUCAAGGACAAACCGGACAGGUUCAUUAA